GCGCAGCUAAGCGUUAACACAAUCUCUGAAGCGGAGCGUCGGCAUUCGCAAAAUAACAUUGUUACUUUACGGAUGUACAAAAGAAAAGCGCAACAUCAUGUUGACAAAGCUCGGUUUUGAAACACAAGCGAUUUGGAAUAAAUUCUUGGAUGCUACUGGUGAUGAUCCCGUUAGAGUAUGGGUUCUUAAUUCCACCAUACUUGUAUUUGUUACCUAUUGGAUAUAUGCGUCCAUAUUUGCGAUAGUCGAUUACACGCAACGGCCAAAAUGGUUUUUCAAGCAUAAAAUACAGCCGGAACAAAAUGUACCAUUGGAUAUGAAGAAAUUUUGGAAGGCCGUUAGACAAGUCCUUAUCAAUCAGCUGCUUGUGACGCCAAUUCUACUCUAUGUCUUUGCCAAAAGCUUUACCCACCAAUGGACCAAAGAGAGUAUACGUCAACUGCCUUCUCUGAAAACAUAUCUUUUGGAUAUAGCAAUAAUGGCCCUGCUGGAGGAGGUUAUGUUCUAUUAUGCCCAUCGUAUGUUACACCAUCGUUCCAUCUACAAAUACAUACACAAACAACAUCAUGAAUGGACAGCGCCAGUUGCGGCCAUAACCUUCUACUGCCAACCUUUGGAACAUCUCCUAAGCAACUUGGGACCCAUUGCCCUGUCGAGUGUACUCGUAAAUGCUCACAUAACAGUGGUCUGGACAUUUACCAUACUAGCAAUUGUAAACUCCAUGACUGAUCAUACAGGAUACUCAUUUCCAUGGCCUUUGUAUAAGUCAUCGGUGGUGUUCCACGACUAUCAUCAUGCUAAGUUUAAUUAUAAUUUUGGUGUCUUCGGUUGGUUGGAUAAAUUACAUGGAACCUAUAAGGAAAGUCCAAUGGGUUGGAAAGCCAGAUCCAAGAAGUUGGACAAGAAUAACAACGAUAAAAAUGUGAAAGUUACAAAGAAACAAAAGUGAAUAAAUAAAUGAAGAAGGAAGUAAA